UGUCUGCCUGGCUACACCGCCGUCGUACGCGGCAAGUCUGCCCUGAAGACACCCGUCCUAUCCCGGGUCAUUGACCAAACUCCCCCCCCAACCCCUCAACCCAGUUAUACCAGCCAGCUGUGUUCUUUUCGGCCAUGGCGACCAGUGCGAAGCGAAAGCAGGAGGAGACCCAUCUGAAGAUGCUCCGGGAAAUGACCAGCCUGCCCGCGAAUAGGAAAUGCUUCGACUGCGACCAGCGCGGCCCGACAUAUGUCAACAUGACAGUGGGAUCCUUCGUUUGCACCACCUGCUCCGGGAUCUUGCGAGGGCUGAAUCCCCCACACAGAGUGAAGUCCAUCUCUAUGACCACGUUCACACAGCAGGAAAUUGAGUUCCUACAGAAACACAGCAAUGAGGUCUGUAAACACAUCUGGUUGGGCCUCUAUGAUGACAGGACAUCAGUUGUUCCAGAUUUCCGAGAACCGCAGAAAGUAAAAGAGUUCCUUCAGGAAAAAUACGAAAAGAAAAGAUGGUAUGUCCCUCCAGACCAGGCAAGGGCAGUAGCAAGCGUCCAGGCCUCUGUGUCCGGCUCCUCAGCCAGCAGCACUGGCAGCACUCCAGAAGUCCAACCCCUCAAGACCCUGCAGCUCAAUAGGACCCCACUGCGCCAGUCUCCGGGACUGGGUCGUUCCCAUGCUCAUAGCGCUUCUUCUCAGGAGAAGAAGUUUGACUUGCUCUCAGACCUGGGAGGAGACAUCUUUGCUGCUCCACCCUCUCAGACUGCCAGCUCUACCAACUUUGCCAACUUUGCACAUUUUCCAAGCCAGUCAGCACCUCAGGGUAAUACAAACACCAACUUUGCCAACUUUGAUGCAUUUGGAAACACUGCAAUUCCAUCCCAUCUGAGCACGUCACCCCCCUCAAAGUCCUUUUCAUCAGGUGGAGGUGUGCCAAUCCCAUCGAUGUCAAGUGCCGUCCCUGCUCAGACCCACACAGGGAGCUCGGAGGAUCGCUACGCUGCUCUGGCUGAGUUGGACAAUGAGCUCAGCUCCUCUGCCUCCACAGGGAGUAAUGUGCAAGGGAACUUAUUUGGACCAGUGCUUGGUUCAUCGCCAGCCCAGAAUCCACCCGUUUUACCCAGCAUGCCGCCUAACUUUGGAGCCGUCCCAUCCACAAAUCCCUUCGUUGCUGCAGCUGUUGCCCCCGAGAUGGCCACCAACCCCUUCCAGACCAAUGGUAGAGCUCCAGCUGCAGCCUCGUUUGGUACUGGCUCUAUGAGCAUGCCUGCCGGCUUUGGGAAUGCGUCUUCCUACUGCCUCCCGACCAGUUUCAGCGGAAACUUCCAGCAGCAAUUCCCUGGCCAGGCCCCCAUCCCUUACUCUCAACCUGGGGCCUACCACCCUCAGUCUAAUGGCCCUGCCUUCCCAGUGUAUGGUCAGAACAAGCCCUCCAUGACGCCGUUUGGCCAGCACAUGGCUGCUCCUGGCAUGUCCAAUAACCCAUUCAUGGCUGGAGCUCCAGCGGGGUCAUUCCCUUCAGGGGGUUCCACCAACCCUUUCCUGUAGCACAGCUCCUAGUCCUUGCCACCAGAGGGCAGCAUGCAGCACAUACUCAACGCACCCGUUCCGUCACGCUAUUAGUGACAGUACAUUUCUAAAGAAAAAAGACAAAAGUUUUUUUGUUUUGUUUGUUUUUUGUUUUUGUUUUUUUCAUAAAAAAAAGUUUACAACACUAUGAAGGAGUACAAAGGACUAUACUGAAGACUAAGGGACUGUUAUGGGGGGGGGAAUGUACUAUUUGGACUAUAUACAAUACAUUAUAUGCUUUUUAUUUUUUGUUUAUGACUGUAAGCUCUGUGCAUAUCAUCAUUUGUAAUCACAAUUAAGUACAUGUUAUGUAUAACACGGACUGAGUUAACAAAGGUGAGUAUAUACACACACCUUGUGGGGAAAAAAACAACCACUGCAAACUAUCUACUUAAGUAAGGGUAUGCAAUUUAAGAUUAUUAACAGGGUUCCAUUCAAAUCUAUGAUCUGUGGUUUGAAGCACCCACAGAGAUGCAGGUAUUUCAUUUUCAAAAGGGAUUUCUUUUUGUUACUUUAGUAAAAUUGGUACUAUAUUGGCAAUGUGUUUGACAACUCUCAGAUUCAGAGUCAACAGUUGCCUGUAUGAACCCACAUCUUUUUAAAUCAGUGUAACAUCCUAAGCAGUUGGAUAGGACACUGUAAAAUUAAUUAUUAAUUAUUCUUUUAAAUAUUUCCAAUACCUGUAAAAUUGGUUAAAAAAUAUAGUAGAUUUUAGUUUGAAACCAAGGAAAGCUCCUUGAAUAUGAGGCCAGCAGAGACUUCAGAUGUUUUUAGAUUUAGGUAAAGGGGACAGGCUGCUAGAGCACAAAUGGAGGAAAGUCACAAGGAGUGCAGGCAUCAAGAUGAGUAUUUUUUUGUGCCCUAACCCAACCUAGUCUAUGAAACACUGGUAAAACUGUUUGAAAUACUUUCAGUAACCUCCAGCAGGUUGAACAUGUCACAGGAGCAAACCUCAGAUAUUCACUAUAUUUUAAACAUAUGGUAAAGAUGUAGGCGUCAGGUUUGUGGGUGUACCUCAAAGUAGCAGGUGAUGAUCCUCUUGACAGGGAAUGACAGGUUUACCAGACCCUGUCUGGACAAAAAAUACAAACAUACAUUUGAACAAAAUAUCUUUGAAAUGUUAUUGUAUUCACCAAACUCCCUUGAAAUCUGUCUUCUUGUUUGCCUUCUUAUUAAAAAGCUUAAGGGUGGGAGAACAGGGUGAAGAGAAAUGAUCUCAAUCCAGUUUGCUUUAAAAUGGCACAGAGAACAAGGACAGAUGAAUCAAGGGUUUAUCUCAUUACUGGAUUAGACUGUGACUCGAGAACAGGGGUGCCAGUUGUGCCACCAAUGACUAACAAUGAAUUUGACAAUGUGUUUCUUUACAAGAAUAGGUAAGUGAAUGUGUACAUAUAUAAAUAUAUGUAUAAAUAAAUUAAAAGAUUUUUAACUACA